AUGUCAUCAUCAGAUACAAUUCUUAAGAAUCCUCCAUGUUUUCGCUCCGGGCUCAUGUGGGGCAUUACUGUGGCCAGCUUCAUCGGUGCACAUCGUUUUCGUACAACCAAAAGUAUCCGAUCGUCUUGUGAUUGGGCCAUUGGCUCCUUUGGCCUUGUCAGUACUUGUAGCUGGGUCUUCUGUAGUGCUUCAUAUCGUCUUCGAGCGCGUCAAACACGGGAAUUUAUGGAAGUUAUGAAUAAUCCAACACGCAAGGCUGAAGCUGAACAAUUUUUACGUUCUCGAGUUCAGCCACGAUCAUCCGAAGACGAGGACUAA